AAGGCAAUUUAAUGUCAUUCAGUUCAUAUUCGUGGAGGAGGAUGAUCACAGUGAAUCAAUUAUAUUUCGUUUGAAAUUCUUAAAAUAUAGUGGUGCAUCAUAUAAAGUGCUUGUGUUAAACGUAUACUUAUUUUCGAGUGUGUUUUGUGACUAAAACCAUGUUUAGCUGGCUGAGAAAGGAGGGCGAAAAGUCCGAAAGCAUAGAUAAUGUUGUGGAAGGGCUAAAAAAAAUUUACAAAACGAAACUUUUACCAUUGGAACAGCAUUAUCAGUUCCACGAUUUCCAUUCUCCCCAACUUGAAGAUCCAGACUUCGAUGCGAAGCCUAUGAUACUGUUGGUGGGUCAAUAUUCAACUGGUAAAACUACGUUUAUCAAGUAUUUGUUGGAAAGAGAUUUCCCGGGCAUACGGAUUGGUCCGGAGCCGACUACUGAUAGAUUUAUAGCGGUUAUGUAUGAUGAAAAAGAGGGCGUAAUACCCGGCAACGCUCUGGUAGUCGACCCGAAAAAGCAAUUUAGGCCACUAAGCAAAUUUGGAAACGCCUUUUUGAAUAGGUUCCAAUGCUCUACAGUUGCUUCGCCCGUGCUGAAGGGUAUUUCCAUAGUAGAUACGCCCGGAAUCCUAUCUGGAGAGAAACAGCGUGUAGACAGAGGUUAUGAUUUCACUGGAGUCCUUGAGUGGUUUGCAGAGCGCGUGGACCGCAUUAUCCUAUUAUUUGAUGCUCACAAAUUGGACAUAUCAGAUGAAUUUAGGCGUAGUAUUGAAGCUUUGCGAGGGCAUGAUGAUAAGAUCAGAAUUGUUUUGAAUAAAGCAGAUAUGAUUGACCAUCAACAGUUAAUGAGAGUGUAUGGUGCUCUUAUGUGGUCUCUUGGUAAGGUUCUUCAAACUCCUGAGGUGGCCCGUGUUUAUAUUGGUUCUUUUUGGGAUCAACCUCUUCGUUAUGAUGUGAACAGAAGGUUAUUUGAAGAUGAAGAGCAGGACCUCUUCAGAGACAUGCAGUCAUUACCACGGAAUGCUGCCUUACGUAAAUUGAAUGAUUUGAUCAAGAGAGCACGUCUUGCUAAAGUUCAUGCAUACAUUGUUAGUGAAUUAAGGAAAGAAAUGCCGUCCAUGUUUGGAAAAGAUGGAAAGAAGAAGGAUCUUAUCAAAAACUUAGGUCAAAUAUAUGACCGUAUUCAAAAGGAACAGCAAAUAUCUCCCGGUGACUUUCCUGAUAUUAAGAAGAUGCAGGAAUCAUUAGCAAAUCAUGACUUCACAAAGUUCCAUACGCUGAAGCCAAAAUUGUUAGAAGUGGUAGACAACAUGUUGGCCACAGACAUCGCUCGUCUCAUGGACAUGAUCCCACAAGAAGAUGUAAAUGUUGUCGCCGAGCCACUAAUUAAGGAAGGAAUGAAUGCCCACCACACUCAGGCUUAUUACACGAACGGACUACUAGCCGGAGGAGCGUUCGAAGGUGUAGAAGAUCAAGUUUCACCCUUCGGCUACGGAAGAGGCGAGGGCGUCGACGCUGGCCACGGAGACCCUGAAUGGAUAUGCAGUAAAGAGAAACCGAAGUAUGACGAAAUCUUCAGGUCACUCAAUCCCAUCGAUGGCAAAGUCACAGGAGCUGCUGCCAAGACCGAAAUGGUGAAAUCGAAACUGCCUAACUCUGUUCUCGGCAAGAUUUGGAAGUUAUCCGACAUUGACAGUGAUGGGUUCUUGGACGAGGAGGAGUUCGCGCUGGCCAUGCAUCUCAUCAGGGUGAAGAUAGAUGGACACGACUUACCAUCGGAACUUCCGGCCCAUCUCGUGCCACCGAGCAAAAGGAACUGAAUUGUUAAUACUUAAAUCUAUUUAGCUAGGCUCUGGAGCGGCGUAUUUUUUGGAAUAUUGAACUGUUUAAAAAAAAAAGCGGGCGCGUGUUUGUGAAGUUAAUAAGCAAGAUAUUACAACAUUUUAAGGGGUCAAUUUUGCAAUUCUUACACUCAUCAACUUUAUCAUGCACAGAUUUCCGAAUAUUGUUUUAAAGCUAUAUUAGGUAUAUAAAUUUAAUAUUUUUUAAAUAACUGC